GCUAUUUCGGAAUGCCCGCGCUCUGUCUGUAUCUUUAAGUGUCCUGUCGCACUGGACACGAAUUCGAGGGUUAGGUUUUGCUUAAGUUCCUGUGUUACUUCUCCGGCGAUCGCAGAUGCCUUUCCUCCUCUUCGUCUUCCUUCUCUAGAGUUGCCUUUGUUCGGCAUUUCUCUUUGGGAUCCCUGUUCGAAAUGGAAGCGGACAUGGACACUUCUCCGAGCUACUUCAAUCCCGAAGAUCUGAGCAGCAGGGAGAAGUAUCGCCGUUACAGGAAAAGGCAGUCUACGUCGAGCACUUCACCUCUCUUUGGAAAUUCUGUUUCUAAGUUUUCUGGAGCUAGACUCUUAUAUGAGGGCAAUAUCAUACAAAGGAGACCCAAUGCUGCACUUUUACUUGAAGAGAUUAAACAAGAAGCUGAGAGUUAUGAUCUGGAUGGUUUGGAGCAAAGUGCUCCUAAAACAAAAUAUUCAUUAAAAGGACGAGAAUCUGUUGAUGAUCAUAGACUUGCUGAAUCGAACACAUGUUAUAAUUUUGCUCAAUCUAGCCAACCAGUAAAAUUAUUGAAACAAGAGGAUGAGCUGUUAGUAGAUGGUGGAGAGACGACCUUUUCUCUUUUUGCAUCCCUAUUGGAUUCUGCUCUUCAAGGGUUAAUUCCUUUUCCUGAUCUUAUUUUACAAUUUGAGAACACAUGCCGAAGUGUCUCUGAGUCGAUCAGGUAUGAAGUAGGUUGGAGGCAUCGGGUGGUGGAGGACAAAUUUAUGCAACAGAAAGCGAAGUAUUUACUCGAUGAAGCAGCGUCUUGGUCACUUCUGUGGUAUCUUUUUGGGAAAGGAAAUGAGGAACUUCCACGAGAUCUUAUUAUGUGUCCAUCAACCUCACAUCAGGAGGCGUGCCAGUUUGUUUCUACAAAUUUCACUGCAGAAUUAUGUCUUCGUAUUGUACUUUGGCUGGAAGGGCUAGCUACAAAAGCUCUCGAGUUAGAAAAGAAGGUUUUUCUUGUUUUUCUCAAUAGUUAUUGGAGGUUCAGUUUUUGUAAGCAGAAGCAGGACGAAGCACUCCUCGAAGAUGUAUGGAUUCUGCUAAGAGCUGGGCACAUAGAUGAGGCUUGUGAGCUUUGCCGUUCUGCAGGACAGCCAUGGCGAGCUUCAACUCUAUGCCCUUUUGGAGGACUGGAUAUAUUACCUUCCAUAGAAGCUAUGGCUAAGAAUGGGAAACCUAGGUUGCUACAAGCAAUUGAGCUGGAUAGUGGCAUUGCACGCCAAUUGCGUCUUUGGAAGUGGGCAUGCUAUUGUGCAUCAGAGAAAAUAGCCGAGCAAGAUGGUGGGAAAUAUGAGAUGGCUGUGUAUGCUGCUCAGUGUAGUAACUUGAAGCGGAUGCUCUCUAUCUGUGAAGAUUGGGAGUCAGCUUGCUGGGCAAUGGCGAAGUCUUGGCUUGAUGUUCAGGUUGAUUUACACCUAACUAGCUUUCAGCGUGGUAGAGAUGCAGAAAAGCCCUAUGGAGAUGAUACAGUUGGGAUUUCAUCCCGUGGACCUUCAGCUGGUCCAGAAACUUGGCCAGAUCAUGUUGUUGAUCAACAGCCACGGGACUUUCCUAGUCUACUUCAGAAGCUUCAUUCAGGUGAGAUUGUACAUGAAGCUGUGUCAAAAGCAUGCAAAGAACAACAUCGGCAAAUUGAGAUGAAUCUAAUGCUUUGUGAUAUUCCGUAUCUCCUGGACCUUAUAUGGUUAUGGAUAUCACCAUCCGAGGAUGAACAAAAUGGCUUACGCCCACAUGGUGAUCCUCAAAUGAUACGAUUUGGAGCCCAUUUGUCUCUACUUCUUAGAUAUCUUCUUGAUGAUGAAAUGAAGGAUGCCUUCAAGGAGAAACUUAUGACAGUUGGGGAUAACAUUCUUCAAAUGUAUGCAAUGUUCUUAUUUUCUGAGCAUCAUGAAGAGCUGGUUGGAGUAUAUGCCUCUCAAAUUACUCGUCAUUAUUGCAUCGAUCUGUUUGUUGAAAUGAUGGAGUUAAGGUUGAAUAGCAGCAUACAGAUAAAACAUAAACUUUUUCGUUCUGCAAUCGAGUAUUUGCCUUUCUCUAUGGAAGACCAAUCCAAGGCAAGUUUCAAAGACAUUAUUGAAAGGGUUCUUUCAAGAUCUCGAGAAAUGAAAGCUAGUAAAUAUGUUGAAAAACCUUCGGAUGUUGCAGAACAGCACCGAUUGCAAUCUUUGCAGAAGGCUAUGGCAAUUCAAUGGCUUUGUUUCACUCCUCCUACUACCGUUAGUGAUUUUGAGACUAUCAGAGCAAAACUUCUCAUUAGAGCAUUGAUACAUAGUAACAUCCUCUUCAGAGAAUUUGCCUUAAUUUCUAUGUGGAGAAUUCCUAAAAUGCCGAUAGGAGCGCACAUGUUACUAAGUUUCCUUGCUGAGCCUUUGAAGCAACCUAAGGAAGCACUUCUAUCCUUUGAUGACUAUAAUGUUUUGGAGAAUCUCCAUGAAUUUGAAGACUGGAGGGAGUAUUACUCAUGUGAUGCAACUUAUCGGAGUUGGCUUAAACUUGAGUGGGAAAAUUCAGCCGUUCCUCCUGCAGAUCUCUCUUCAGAAGAAAAGGAGAUGGCCAUUGUUGCUGCUCGUGAAACAUUAAAUUCUUCACUGUCGUUGCUUCUUAGAGAAGGAACUCCAUGGUUAAAUGCAAUUGAGAAUUGCCCACUUGAGUUAACUAGUGGUAUAUUUCUUGACUUGCAUGCUUAUGGAAUGCUCUGUCUACCUUCUGGUGAAUGUUUGUGCCCUGAUGCAACCUUGUGUACGACAUUGACAAGCGCCCUAUACAAUUCUGUUAGUGAAGAAGAAGCAUUAAAACGGCAAUUAAUGGUCAAUGUUUCAGUCUCACUCACAAAUAACGAUUGUCUUGAAGUCUCACUUCGUUGCUUAGCUAUAGAAGGUGACGGGCUUGGGCUUCAUGAAUCAAAUGAUGGUGGUGUUCUUGCUACUGUCAUGGCCGCUGGAUUCAAAGGUGAAUUGGCACGUUUCCAGGCCGGAGUCUCAUUAGAAAUCUCCCGCAUGGAUGCUUGGUAUUCAGAUAGUGAUGGUUCAUUCCAAAUCCCAGCUACUUAUGUGGUCAAAGGCCUCUGUCGAAAAUGCUGCUUACCAGAAAUUAUUCUACGCUGCAUGCAGGUCUCGGUUUCACUUGCCGAGUCCGGGGAAUCAAAUGAUCAUCAUGAUGAGUUAAUUGAACUAGUUGCUUCUGGAAUGUUACGAUUGUUUAGCCAGCAACAGCUGCAGGAGUUUCUAUUAUUUGAAAGACACUGCAGCUUAUAUAAAAUGGAGUUACGAGAAGAAGAGCCAUCUGCAGUAGAUGAUUGAACAAAGAAUUCUAAACAAUCUGGUAAUCUAUUUAUCAACCCUUCAUGGCUUAGUAGAGCAGCAGCAGCACUGCAAUGCAAAGCCUGGGUUUCACGAAUUAUUUUGUAACAUUUUUUAUUUUAGCCUAAUUAAAGAACAUCCAUAUAUUCCAAAGAUUUGAUGUUUUAUGAAAAAUUUGAUGAAUAUGCGAUUUUGAAAUGUAGAAUAGUGAGGAAUGUGUCGGCAACAUUUUGCUA